GCUCCGCCCAUUGAGUCACAAGCUGUCCAAUAACGCAGCGGGCAGACCGCUAUUAUCCACUCCGUGCGCCAGAUCCCUAAAAGUAGGCGGGGCUUAGGUAUGUCGUAUUUCAAAGAAGCCGCUAUAUAGCCAACUGUAGAGACUGUUUGAAGAAGCCAUUUUGUUGUCAGGAUUGUAUUGGAGCUCCCUGCUUUAAUUCAGGCGGCCAGAAGGGGGGCGGCGGCGCCGCUCCAGAUGAGCUAGGUCAGCGGUUAACUUUUUACUCGUUUAACUAUUUGACCGCCGACACGCACGCAAUAGAAAUAAAUGAGGUUAGUGGCGGGAUACGAUGGAAGAAGAAAAAGUUGUAUAUUCCAGGUCGCAGCUGCUGCUGUUUGCCGGCACUAAGCCGCUGGAGGACGCGCUGGAGAUGUUCGUGCCAGAAUCCAAGCAAUUCAUGAGCUCGGACACAGAGCUGUGGAACUUCCUCUGCAGCCUCAAGCAGGACUUCUCCCCGGUCAUCCUUCGCAGCAAGGACGUGUAUGGCUACUCCUCCUGUCGCUCCGUGGUCCCGGACCCCAGCUAUUUUUCCCACAGAAACCUGAAGGAGAAGCCGCAAGCGGCAACAGCAGUGGCUCCACCGAGAAAGCCGCCUGUCAAGAGAAAGCGGAGAGGCACGCGGCUUACUUGCCAAAAACGCCGGCGGCGGGACAGAGCUGACAGCGCUGGGGGCAGCGAGGAGACGGGCAGCAGUGGCUGUAGCAGCCCGACCCCAUCGGACGUCCCGGGACUCCCUCACCUGGACAGAUCCAUUGAGGAGAUUUGGAAGGCGGCCACUCCUACGCUUUCCAUGUUCCCCAGCAUACGGGUCAGGGAUGUGUCGUGUAAAGCUAAAGUGUUGGACGCGUGCAGGCGUGCCCAGGAGAUCUUACAGGUCAACCUGCAGCCUGUGGUGAGGAUCAAACGCUUCCCCGUCCUUUCCUCUUCUUGAAAAGGCAACCGAGCUUUGCUCCUUGUGCACUUUUACUGCUGGAGACUUGGGGGCACACAGUCCUCUGAAGGUGCUCGCCCCAGCGCCUAGUCAGCCUGUUUACAUGUCCCCUUUAUUCUUUAUUCCCGCUGCACUUUACUACAAACGUUACUACUUUCUGCUAAAGGAAUAUGGAAAGUUACUGAUCUGUAUGAUGAACUGUGCUCUAAAGGAAAUACUGAGAAGCCACUACUGUCUUGUCCUGGGAGUAAGGGGCUCUACUUUGUCUUUCCAUUAUGUCAGUAACUAUGGUGCAGCCCCAAACUGCCUCAUUAGGGUGGGGGGGAUGGAGGAUGACCCUCAAAGAAGCAGUUUUUGGGCACCAAAGGGGCUUAUGCAAUAGAUAUGCAAUGUGCUCUCCAGUGGCUGAAUUAGCACUCCUAGCAUCCAUAAUUAUUGCAAGGCAUUUGGGGAUUCUAGAAGCUGUAGCUCAUGGCCUGGUGGAGUUCUCAAAGUUGGAUAUCCUCCAAAUGAACUGGCUGGCUAAUUUGCUGGCCUCCAUCAUGGCACAAUUUUUAUUGGUGGCUAUGGAAUCCCUGUAAAAAGAAAAAAAACAAAAAAUUGUAAUCUUUUGGCCUAGUUGCUUCUCAGUUUGGUGUGACCUCACUUGGAGUAGAUGCUACAGAAUCUUUGUAAUGACUUUAUUCCUCUUCUAGUCUAACUUCUGGCUGCUGUAAUGAUGUGAAUGAUGAUUUUUUUUUUAAAGGAUCAGCCUGAAUCUCUAGAACAUGCUUAUUUAUGAAUCUGUAUAGAAUUAACAAUGCAAUAUCACACUUAUCUUUUGACUGAGUCUGAAUCGGAGGUGUGCCAUCACUUUACCAGUUAAGCCUGUAAAUGAAUGGGCUUUUGACAUGGUACAUUUUUUGCCCACUCACCUGGAGGCUCUGAUCUGCCACAUUUCAGUGCCAGUUAUGAACACACUUGUUUAUGCAAAGACUUCUGUUGGGGAGGAUGUCCCAAUGAUAUAGUGGCUGUCAUAUAGGCAACAACUACCUCAACCGUUCUUGAACUCCACAGAAGUCACUAUCCAAAGACUAGUUACUUUUCUGUUUUGUACUCUGUAUCAUUUCACUUUAAUGUGUGCUAGUUGCCAAGUGUUAUGAUCUUAAAGAACUGUGACAAAGUAAAUGCAAGUUUAUGCAAAUUUUAUUUUCUUUCUUUUAACUUGAAAUUGCAAGGGCAAAGCAAGUACAACCUAACUGUUUUAGUAAAUCUAUAUGAUUUGGUAAGCACUAUUAUUUUUCCCCUGUAAAUACAUGUGGCGCAGUGUUUCUACCAUGCCUUACUGGACAACAUAUUAGAAUUUUAGCUUUCUGCUCAUGUGCUAUAAACAGAACUAAGUCAUUACUUCAGUGGAACUGGGUAUAGUCUUUAUAUUUAGCUGGCUUAUUUGAGGAUAUACAGCAAUGUUGUCCGUGCACAGUUUUGUGAAAUUUUGUAAAUAUUGUACUUCAGGAAGGAUAUUUAUUAACAGUAAAUACCUAAAAUGUGACUGUUGCUCUAUAUGGAUGAGGUACUGCUGAAGGAUACUGUAGCAUUAAGAAAUAGGCCUCUGGCGUCUAAUGCACGUGCCUUUACAAUUCCUCAUGUAAUCUUUCAGUGUUGGCACAACUGUUAAUAUAUUUGACUGAUAACAUGGAUUAAAUACUGGUGCUAGGUCAACUUUUCACACUAGUCUGUUUUGAACUAAUAUUGCAGCCUUAGGGUUAAUAGUAUAUUUUUAAACUUUUGUAAACUUUUAUUUUUAUUUUUUUUGCAAUUACGAUUUUAUUUUCAAAAUAAUCAUGGUUUCCUUCCAACAGUGCCUAUGGUAGAUGAUGGUUCUCUCAGUGCAGAAAUAACUUGCAUACUACAAAACUGUAUUCAAGAGAAUCCUUUCUCUGAAAAUUUCUUACAAAGAGUAGACUUUUUAUCACUGUAACAGUAAAUAUAUUGGUGGUAUAGAAAGUAUGCAUACCAGAAAUCACUUGAAAAAAAAAAAAUUGUGUAUUUUGUAAUUCUGUGAUCAUUCUCAGAGGUGUGCAUUGCCAUAAAGCUGUUCUAUUCGUGCUAGCAGAUUGGCCAGUUAAUGUGUUGCAUCAGAGCAAAAUGGUUUGUUCAUCCUUUAGUAACUUAUUGACUCUAAAUAAACUUCCUUCCAAAUGA